CCAAUGCCAUAAAGAUACAUAUUUAACGAGUAGCAGGGCCACAGAGACUGUGCCAUGUGGAUUUAAGACAUGUUCUGGACAAUAUACCUUCCUGUACAUUUCAGCAGUAGAGUGGAAUAGAGUUUCAGUUGAAAUAUAAUCAAGUCAGUCCUGUCACAAGUUGUAACAUGCAUGUGGGAAAUGUUUAUCUGAACAGUACGUGGUGUUUGUAUGUGUGUGAGCAUGGUACACAGGCCUGCAUGUGUGCACAAAGGCCGUGGUCGCUUUGCUGGUGUGACAGGCGCCUGGUGAGGGACCUCUGGGUGUAUGUGUAUAAUAUGAUAUUGAUGGAUGUAAAUAGGUGGGAAGUGUGUACGUACAGUAUGUGUAGCUUCUGCAUGUAUAGUACAUACAUGUACUGUAGGUGUGUUUGAGGUAUACCUUUAGAAGGAGAGGGAUGCAUGUAUGUUGUCUUUUCCUCGCUCUGUUGCUGUAUAUAUUAAAGGAUCUAUUGUUUCUUUGUGUAGACUAUGAUGGUACCGUAGUCAUCUCUGACUGCUGUCUUUGUUCCUGGAAAGAGAACCACAAUGGAAAAGUUAUCCUUAAACGUUAUUGUGUUAACCUCAACAUUUCUCAAUGAAUAUGUAUUUGUGUAUCAUUUAAUAUAUGUCUAUUUUGACGCGACAUACUAGAGGAGUAAUGCCUUGCUGAAGGACACUUGAGCAGGAUGUAUGCGUAUGAACUGGGGCCUUCUGCAUAUUAUGAAACAGCACUUUCUAAAUGUUUAGGCAGCCUCUGUGUUUCUCAUGAUUCAAACCAUGAUCAUAGAAUCUAGGUUCUCAUGAUCCUAGAGAAAGAGAAUUUAAAUGGCCGGAUCUCAACUAGACUGAGCUAUUAAAAUCACAAUGACAAACAUUACAAGCUUCUUCUUCUCUUAAGUCUGUGCUUCUUUGUUGCAACAGGUGAAGUGAAACAUGGAGAGGAAUAAAUCAGUGUAUUGGUUUAUCCUCCAGACAUUUGUAGAUGCAUUUACAAACACCGCACACACCCAUCCAAUCAGCUUGUGUUUGCCCGGCACUUUAAUAAAAAGCUUUUAUGCUACUGUUCUUCUUACUGUACUGCAUCUCCCAUGUGUCCCUGCAGCAGUCGGAGCUGUCGUCAGAGGAGCGCUCGGAGCGCUAUGGCCCUCUGCAGCAGCACCGCAGGGCAGUGGGCUCACUCAACAAGCAGAUCCAGCAGAAGACUAAACAGCUGGAGGAGCUACAAGCCAAGUAUGCAGAGGUGAAAACAGGCUGUGACGAUGCAAAGAGCAAUCUACUUGAGGCUACAGAGCACUCCCAGAGGCUGGAGAAGGAGCUGAAGUGUUCAGACGAGAUGGAGGAGCAGGCUGACAGCAGGUGGGUGGUGCAGUGUAAACCAGGAACUAUCACGCAUUCACUCUGUCGCACACAAAGUGCCCUGAACAUGCUCUGCCAUUAGAAGAGCGUUGUGCUCUGAAUAACACAACGCUCUACUUUGUGCCGAGUGCGCUCCGGAGAAAAACUCUAUGACAGCACUUUGUUCCAAGAACGCUGGAACAAAGUGUUCCAGACACUCAGUUUGUAAUACUGAAAACAUAUAAAUAUUGCAGUACUUUCAUCAGCCACCAUUGUUUUACCUUCUUCAGCCACAGUUGGUGACUUAAGGAAAAUCUUUCCAACUAUUCAGGUUCAGCAGUCUGUAACUAAGUGUAUUAACCUCUUGUGGUAACUGGGAGGAAUAGCAGCUACUCUGGAGCCAUAAGCCCCUUUCAGACAUGAAUACAUCACCUGUUUGAGUGUUUCUUGUCCUUCCACGGGCUGCAUCACUGAAGGACUUUCAAACAGUUAAUCCAUCAAGGCUUUAACUGUGCGUGUGUGGGAUGCUGUUACACAGACUAGAUACGGGUGCUUAUUCAGACAUGAGACCAGCAUGUUAAAGUGACAUCAGAUUAGCAUGUCUAAAAGGGUUGGGAGACUAAAGAAGCAUGAAUUAGGUGUCAGUGAUGCACCCAUAUGUUUACAAAGGGAAGCAACAACUUGUGUUGCUUUGAAGCUGACUGAGGCUCAGUGUAGAGCGGCUCGUCCUCCAAUCAGAGGAUUGGUGGUUCAGCGACGACGUGUCCUUGGGCAAGACACCCAUAGAGACCUGCAGUGUCUGCAUGGUCCUGAUGGUCCUGAUGGGCAGGUGGCACCUUGCAUGGUAGUCCGUGUAUGAACGGGUGAAUGACGGGGUUAAAGCGAUUUGAGUGCUCAGAAGAAUAGAAAAGUACAACUACAGAAAGAUGAAGAACAUUGGAAUGUGAUAAUAAUGAUAAAUCAAUAUUAUCCUUUAACUCUUGACUGAUACACUUCUUCCACAAGCUAUUCUCAUGACUACCAGGUGACAAAGUGGCUGGACUCUCAGUUCACCACUUAGCUGAUGACAAACAGCACCUAGCGAUGCCCUCACCCUUAACCUCGCCUGUCUAAAGUAUGUGAUGUUAGACGUUAGAAGGUUCAAACUCUCCUCUACAGUUGGAUCCAGUCAAACUGCGCCUGUGCACAGAGCUAAUGUUCCCAGUUUAGUGGGCAUGGUUACGUAUGACAGUUUGCUACAUAAAGAAAAGUCUCUGAGCACAAUCAAGACAUCUGUGUAGAGUACUGACAGCAAACGUCCUUAAAGACGAUGAUACAGUAGAUCUUGACAUCGUUACUUUGGCAAUAGCCUAAUGAAAGACUUGUGAGCGUGUAUCAGAUUGUAACCACUGACUUACAGUAUGGUUCACUUGCUCUUUACUUCAUCUUUUAGAUGUGACUUUCACAAUCUCAGCUACUCUAGAACACACCUUUAGGCUGCAUGUUAGCCCAGCCACAGUCCAGUCACGUGUUCUGAGUCAACCAAAGUUGUUAUUGUGAUUUAAUUAACAUAGAUCUGAAACAUUGUAGAUUGUACUGUAAUGUGCCCGUCUGCUUGCUCAUGUGGAUCACCAUGCCGUGAUGUCGUGCUGUACUCGGCCUGAAGGGAAGAUGUUGCUGAUAAUCACAGAAACUGAUGAGCCAGAGGUCGCUCAGUGAUUGCAUUCUUAGUUUAACACUCGGAGGAUGGACUCACAGAGGAGAGACCCCUCAACUGAGGGUCAGCUUGACACGUAAAGUGACUUAUGAAGUAAGAGAUCCCCGUAAGGCCUGAGCCAGCUGUUUAAUGAGCCAUCGUUCUCCUCUUACAGCCGUCUGCAGUCCUGAGGAGCAGAUAAGACACAAACAAAUACAACUGUGAAUAAAACGCUAAAGGAACUGAUGUUCCAACAUGAGUGAAAUGUACUUUAAUGAUAUCUUCUGAUUAGCUGACAUGUCUAAUAGUGUGAAGAGUGCUUCCACAUGUUGACCUCUCUCACAGUGAUCCAUUCCUUCAGAUACCACAUCUGUACUUUAGUUGGUUUUCUAUAUCCGUCAAUUGUGAUUUCUAUAACUCAGAUACCUCUGCUAAUCAAUACGUAAUCAUAAUCUAUACUAGCCUAAGUAGCCUAUCAUUGAUAGGAACAUCCUGCCUCAUGUAUGUUUAUGAUUGAUAUUAUAUUAUAUGUCCCCAGAGAUCUUAAACAGACAUCUGAAUGUCUAAAUUAAUCCUUGUAUUUUGAAUCUACUCUAGUGUUACCAUUUGAACUUCUUAUUAAACUGUUAAUACAUUUUGUUUUGUAUGGUGUCCCUUUACACAUUCAUUUGCCAGCUUGAGGUUUACCAAAUCUCAACACUUUUUAAUAUUUGAGUUUAAAAAUAAUAUCUAUAAGCUUUAAAGCUUCAGUAGAAUCUCCCUUAGAUUAGAACAAUAAUAACACUCUCAGCUGCUGAACAGGACAUAAUCAAUGAUGGACUGAGUCUAUCUGUAACAUGUUCAUUCAUACACGCUUCACCCUUAUUCAAUCUACUCAUUUAUUCAUCGUGUUCUUUAUUCAUUCUGUUCAUCUGAUCAAUUAUUCACAGAUUUUCUGUUAAGUAGUUAUGUAUUUGAAAGAACUUGAUCAUUUGAUUUGUGUGUAUGACAUAAUGAGUCCAGAGCUGUGUAGCGACCCUGAGAUUAGUUCUAUUGUUGAAGUUCUAUUGUUGAAGUUGUCCUGUUUUAAACCGGGUAGCGUCCUGAGUCGAGUCUUAUUCUGUUAAAGUUAUCGUGUGUGAUAGCUGAAGUUGAGUGCCAUCACUCCCCUUUCAUACCAAGUCAUGAGUUUGUGAUUUAUAAUUUGGAGUUAUUAAUAAUCGUUAAAUAUUCUGAUACUAAUUGAUUGAUUAUUGAAUUUGCUACACAACAAGUCCACAUCUGGGUAAAGAGAUGGGAGGAGGCCAGUGUUGUGCCCUCUGAGACAUGCAGCGUGCUGCUCAUGGACAGGCUGUUGAUCUCGAUUGAUGGGACAGUCCAGCUAAUGUUCUGUUCAAUUGGACAGGCUGUUGAUCUCGAUCGAUGGGGCAGUCCAUC